AUGAAAGAAGAGAUUGCGGCCACAGUAGUCUUUAUCACAAUGCUUGUGAAGAAGCACAGGAAGCUGAGCAAACAGAAAAUUGAGAAAUUUGCAGCUAAACUGACCACCAUACUAUUUGCAAGAUAUAAAUCUCAUUGGUAUGCAGAAAAUCCAACCAAAGGACAAGCUUUUCGAUGCAUAAGAAUAAACAAGUGUCAGACUGUUGACUCUGUUUUGGCACAAGCAUGUGCAGAAAGCAAUGUAGAUUAUGACGAUCUUGGACUGCCAAAGGAAAUGACUAUCUGGGUAGACCCGUUUGAGGUGUGCUGCCGAUAUGGAGAGAAAAAUAGCCCUUUUACAAUUGCCAGCUUCAUGGGAAAGGAUGACUUCAACGUGUCUAAAUGGAUUAGCACAGCUGUUGAAAAAGCCACUUCAGAUUACCAUUCUGGUACAUCUUCUUCUGAUGAAGAGACCACAAUUAAAGAGCCAAAGACUAUUCCUACAGUAAGCAAUCCCAACAGCAUCUACCAGUGUACAGACUACAGUCAACCUCCACAGUCUUGGUCCCAAUUUCCUCGCAGAAAGAACUACCAAAAUGAUGGAUACAAUCAGCAAUCUACAUCCUCCUAUUUUCCACAAAACUAUCAUCCACAAAACAAACAUUACAAGCACCACAGGCAGUCAGUUGUAUUUUCAGGUCUUCGCAUUGACCGCUACCACUGGGUAAACAAGACAUUGACACAAAGAAAAUCACUUUAA